AUGGCUUGCAUGGCAUGCCUUCUUUUUGCCUUGGCAUUUGUUGCUGCUGAAGCACAACAGAUGCAGUCGAAUAUAAGCCGAGGCUCUUCUUUAACACCAACAACCAACUCCACAUGGCUGUCACGUUCUGGUCUAUAUGCCUUUGGAUUUUACAGGCAAGGCAAUGGCUAUGCUGUUGGGAUAUUUCUUGCUGGAAUUCCCCAAAAGACAGUCGUGUGGACUACGAAUCAAGAUGAUCCACCAGUCUCCAACAAUGCCACCUUGCUCUUCACGGGUGACGGCCUUGCCUUGCCAACAGCAGAAGGCCAAAAUUACUUGGUAAAAUCUUCUGGUUCUGCUUCUUAUGCUUCCAUGCUUGAUUCGGGUAAUUUCGUGCUGUACAACUCUGGUCGGGAAAUAGUAUGGCAGAGCUUUGAUCAUCCAACCGACACCCUUUUGCCUGGUCAACGCCUUUUAUCAGGAAACGAACUUUUCUCUGCGAAAUCAGAAGCUGAUCACUCAACGGGGAUUUUCCGUCUCAAAAUGCAAAAUGAUGGAAACCUUGUUCAGUACCCUGCAGAUACUGCAGACACCAGUAUUUAUGCUUUUUAUUCAUCUCACACUGGUGGCGAGGGAGAGAAUGUGACACUUAAUUUUGGUGCUGAUGGCCAUCUCUACUUGCUCAACAGGAAUGGUACGAAUAUUCGGAAUAUAACCGAUGGAGGUCUUCCUACUGAUGAAGGAAAACUUUAUCUUAUGAGAAUUGAUGUAGGUGGGAUAUUUCGUUUGUAUUCACAUGAUUUGAAAAAGAAUGCAAUUUGGUCAGUUGAGUGGGAGUCUUCCAAGGAUAAGUGUGUUCCUAAAGGCCUAUGCGGAUUGAAUAGCUAUUGUGUCUUAAUUGAUCUAGAGCCUGACUGUAGAUGUCUUCCGAGAUUCGAAUCUGUCAACCAGGGAAAUCAGACAUCCGGGUGCGAGAGAAACUUUGUUGCGGAUGCGUGCAAAAACAGGAAUGAGAAUUUCACUUACACCAUGGAAGAGCUGGAAAGCACAACGUGGGAAGAUAUUUCGUAUAUGAGUUUGAGAUUAUCCGACAAAGACGAUUGCAUACAAGGCUGUCUGGUGGAUUGUGACUGUGAAGCUGUGUUUUUUGACGGUACAAACUGCAGAAAGCGGAGGCUUCCUUUGAGAUAUGGUAGAAGAGACAAUGGAACUUCAGACAGAGCUUUCGUCAAGGUAGGUGUACCUACAAAACCAGAUACAGAUCGUAGAAUUGUUCAACCAGGAAGGAAGAAAAAAGCCGAAGGGGAAACAGAAUUUCAGACUGAGAUCAGAGUUAUUGGGAAAACCCAUCACAAGAAUCUAGUCCGUUUACUUGGGUAUUGCCUUGACGGAGCUAAAAAGCUUUUGGUGUAUGAGUACAUGAGCAACGGCUCACUUGCAGAUGUGCUCUUCACCCGUGAAAGGCAAAGUGUAACGAGAAUAAAUUUCAGGCACAUUUACAUAACACAUAAGUGGAUAUGGAUUGGCGCUGCUCUAUUGGUAACAGUGCUUUGCAUCUCGAGCUAUCUACUAAGGAGGAAACUAUUUUCAGGGGAGAUCAACCCGAUGAUUGAUAGAUCCACUGGCGAUGUCAACGGGCUUCAAAAUGACGGAAAGCUUGGAAAUAAUUUGACAGUGUUUAGCUACGCAUCUGUCGUGGCUGCCACAACUAACUUCUCUGAAGAAAACAAGCUCGGACAGGGGGGCUUUGGACCUGUUUAUAAGGGAAAACUUGUGACGGGACAAGAAAUCGCUGUGAAGAGGCUUUCAAGAUGUUCAGGGCAAGGAACUUUGGAGUUUAAGAAUGAAUUGAUACUCAUAUCUGAACUCCAACAUACAAACCUCGUUCAGCUUUUUGGCUUCUGCAUUCAUGGGGAAGAGAGGAUGUUAAUCUAUGCCUACAUGCCAAACAAAAGUUUGGACUACUUUUUAUUCGAUUCAACCAGAGCGAUGCUACUAGAUUGGACGAAGCGGUUCAACAUAAUUGAAGGAAUCGCUCAAGGACUGCUUUACUUGCAUAAAUACUCAAGAAUGAGAGUAAUUCACAGAGAUUUAAAAGCUAGUAACAUACUACUUGAUGAAUAUAUGAAGCCCAAAAUUUCUGAUUUUGGUUUGGCGAGAAUUUUUACACAUAAUGAACUUGAAGCAAGUACUAAUAGGAUUGUUGGAACAUAUGGUUACAUGUCUCCCGAGUACGCUAUGGAGGGGAUUUUUCGAUAA